GUUGUGAUUUUCUGGCUUCUAUAGAGUCGAGCUGUGCGUACCAGGUUGCAUACAAGGCAUCUGUGAUGGCAGACUCAAAUCACUUCUCCGCUUGCACCUAAUAUGCUCCCUGUCGCGAGGAUUAGGGAGCCACCGGACCAGUCUCAAAAUGACCACCGGGAUCAGCCCCGUCUUCCGUCGGUUCGCAGAUUAUUUCGUGAUCUGCGGACUGGACACCGAAAGCGGGCUGGAACCAGACGAACUCUCCGCUUUAUGCCAGUAUAUAGAAGCUACUAAAUUCAGAGAUGGGGCCAGAGGAAAUUUGGCAGGGGCAAAUGAAGGUGAGAAUUUUGAGCAGAGUCCCCUACGGAGAACCUUUAAAUCCAAAGUUCUUGCACAUUACCCGGACAAUGUUGAGUGGAAUCCGUUUGACCAGGAUGCAGUUGGCAUGCUCUGUAUGCCAAAAGGUCUGGCCUUCAGGACGCAGGUGGAUUCCCGGGAGCCGCACUUCCACUCGUUCAUCAUCACCAGGGAAGACGGCUCUCGGACGUACGGAUUCGCUCUGACCUUCUUCGAGGAGGUGACCAGUAAGCAAAUCUGCAGCGCCAUGCAGACGCUUUACCACAUGCACAACGCAGAGCAGUACGACAUCUUGCAUACCCCAACCUCCCCUCGUGGACCCGAGGAGCAACGUCUCCACCCUCGGCCCAUCCUUCACGCCGCACCGGCCAUCUCUCGCCUGCAACGUUUCAAUUCGUAUGACAUCAGUCGAGACACGCUCUUCGUGUCAAAGUGCAUUUGCUUGAUAACGCCCAUGGCUUUUGCCCAAGCGUGCCAGAAGGUGCUGCAGCAACUUUACCAAGCCGUCAGCGCUCCCCACCCCCCGCCUCUCCCUCUGGAGAGCUACGUCUUCAACAUCCUCUAUGAGGUACCCCUGCCACCUUCCGGGCGAUCCCUAAAGUUCUCAGGCGUCUACGGUCCUGUGGUGUGCCAGAGGCCGAGCACAUCUGAACUGCCGCUUUUUGACUUUGCCAUUGGCGAAGUGUUUGACCUGUUGGGGGUGGAGAACGUUCUUCAGUUGUUCACCUGCGCCCUGCUCGAGAUGCAGAUUCUGCUCUACUCACAGCAUUACCAAAGGCUGAUGACAGUUGCAGAGAGCAUCACAGCCUUAAUGUUCCCCUUCCAGUGGCAACACGUGUAUGUUCCCAUUCUCCCCGCUUCUCUCCUCCACUUCCUCGACGCCCCCGUUCCAUAUCUCAUGGGCCUGCAUUCUAACGGACAAGAUGACCGCACCAAACUAGAGCUGCCACAGGAGGCCAACCUAUGUUUUGUGGACAUCGACAACCAUUUUAUAGAACUUCCAGAAGAGUUGCCACAGUUUCCCAACAAGCUCGAGUUCAUACAAGAGAUCUCCGAGGUGCUCAUGUCUUUUGGCCUGACGCCGGAGGGAAACAUCCACUCAACUGACACCCAGGUGAAACUGAAAGGCUUGAGAUCGGCUGACGCGGUCUCCGACAAACGCAACGGUAACCUGGCGUCGCCUCUCAACUCCUACCUGCUGAGGGAGAACGUGACCAUCGCCAGACUACAGGCUCUGGUCAAGCGGACCGGCGUCAGUUUGGAAAAGCUGGAGGUGAGAGAGGACACUGGCGGCAAUAAAGACGCACGAUUUCAUUGUGAUGAAGAGGAGCUCAAGAUGCACCAGCUCAACAUCCACGUGCGCGAGGUCUUUGCCAACCGCUUCACGCAGAUGUUUGCUGACUACGAGGUGUUUGUUAUCCAGCCGAACCAAGAUAAGGAGUCCUGGUUCACCAAUCGAGACCAGAUGCAGAACUUUGAUAAGGCCUCCUUCCUGUCCGACCAGCCGGAGCCCUACCUACCUUUUCUGUCUCGUUUCCUGGAGACGCAGAUGUUUGCCUCCUUCAUCGACAGCAAGAUCCUCUGCCAUGAUGACGAGGAGAAGGAGCACACACUGAGGGUGUUUGACACCCGUGUCGAUAAGGUCCGCAUGCUGAACGUCCGCACACCCACCCUGCGCACCUCUAUGUACCAGAAGUGUACAAACAUUGAAGAGGCGGAGAAGGCCAUUGAAAUGAGAGUGAUGAAGAUCGACCACACAGCCCUACAUCCCCACCUCCUGGACAUGAAGAUCGGCCAGGGCCGUUACGAGCAAGGAUUCUUCCCGCGACUGCAGUCUGCUGUGCUCUCCUCUGGGCCCACCAGCAACAAGUGGGCUAAGAGAAGCGCUCCUGCCCAGUGGAGGCGGCGGGACCGCCAGAAGCAGCACGCCGAACACCUUUAUUUAGAUAACGACCAGAGAGAGCAUGUCGAGUGUUUGUUUCCGGAGCUGCAGCUCCUGCUGUUUCUUGACCACUACUGGCACUUGCAGUCCUUCAAGCCCUGUCUAAAGUCGGUGUCUGUGGAUGUGAAAUACAUCCAAGAAGCACGGAACUUGGGCACCACCAUCAGACAGCCCAAACUGUCCAACCUGUCACCUUCUGUCAUCGCUCAGACCAACUGGAAGUUUGUCGAGGGGUUACUAAAAGAGUGCCGGAUCAAGACCAAACGCAUGCUUGUUGAGAAGAUGGGUCGAGAGGCAGUGGAGUUGGGUCAUGUUGAGGUCAGCAUCACUGGUGUGGAAGAGAACACUCUGAUUGCCAGUCUGUGUGACUUGUUGGAGAGGAUCUGGAGCCACGGGCUGCAGGUUAAACAGGGUAAGUCUGCUCUCUGGUCGCAUUUGCUCCAUUACCAGGAAAGCAAAGAAAAGAAAAGUGCAACCCCGGCUGGUUUGGAACCUCCAGGUUUUAUUCACGACACUGAAAGACGGAAAUCAGAUGGUGGUGGAUCUGCCAUGCCCCCCCUUAAGGUGUCCCUGAUCCAGGAUAUGAGACACAUUCAAAAUAUAAGUGAGAUCAAGACUGAUGUGGGCAAGGCCAGAGCUUGGGUUCGUCUCUCCAUGGAGAAGAAGCUGCUCUCCAGACAUCUGAAGCAGCUGCUGUCCGAUCUCGAGCUAACAAAAAAACUAUACAAGCGAUACGCCUUCCUGCGCUGUGAUGAUGAGAAAGAGCAGUUUCUCUACCAUCUGCUGUCAUUCAACGCAGUGGACUACUUCUGUUUCACCAAUGUGUUCACCACUAUCAUGAUUCCCUAUCACGUGGUGGUGGUUCCCAGUAAGAAGCUGGGUGGCUCCAUGUUUACAGCCAAUCCUUGGGUGUGCGUGUCAGGUGAACUGGCCGAAACGGGCGUCCUGCAGGUCCCCAGGAACACUCAGGAAAUCACAUUUGAGUGCCAGAACCUGGGGAAGCUGACCACAGUGCAGAUGGGUCAUGAUAACACGGGUCUCUACGCAAAGUGGUUGGUGGAAUGUGUUUUGGUCCGGAAUGAGAUCACGGGUCACACGUACAAGUUUCCGUGCGGCCGGUGGCUGGGCAAGGGCGUGGACGAUGGCAGCCUGGAGAGGAUCCUCGUCGGGGAGCUGAUGACGCCCAGCACGGAGAAUGACGAAAGGUUGUAUCGGACGCCGCCAAUGCAGCAGUCGCCGGGGAUGAUGAGGAGAUUUGUGACCAUCUCACCAAAUAGCAAGCCAAAGCUAAACACAGGUCAGAUCCAGGAGGGAGUGGGAGAAGCCAUCAACGGCAUUGUGAAGCACUUCCACAAACCCGAAAAGGAGAGAGGCAGUUUGACGCUUCUCCUCUGUGGAGAGUUUGGUCUCGUCUGGGCUCUGGAGCAGGCUUUCCAGCAUGGUUUUAAAUCACCUCGACUCUUUAAAAAUGUUUUCAUCUGGGACUUCUUGGAAAAGGCACAAGUGUACUUUGAAAGCGCUGAGCAACGUGAGGUGAAUCCGGAUGAGAACUGGCAAAGCCGCGUGCGCCACUUCUGCCGCUUCAUGCGCGCCAUCAACAACACAUCGAGAAACAUUGGCAAGGAUGGAAAGUUCCAGAUGCUCAUUUGUUUGGGUGCAAGGGACCAUUUGCUACAUCACUGGAUUGCGCUUCUCGCAGACUGCCCAGUCACGGUGCAGAUGUACGAGGACACUGCGCUGAUCAAAGAUCGCUCGCUGGUCAACUCUCUGAUUCGAGUCCUUCAAACUCUGCAGGAGUUCAACAUCACCCUGGAGGCCUCACUCAUUAAAGGUGUCGGCAUUUAAACCAAACCAGCUUCGCUCUGGUUGUACCGAUGCAGGAACGGACGCUUAACAGGCGACAUACUUUGGCUUAUGUUCAAGAUACUGUUACAUAUGCCAUAUAUUGUAUUAAGUGCAAUGAGCCGUUUGAAAUCUGUUGUUUUUAUCUGCAAAAUGUCAUAUUUGAAACAUUUUCUUUUAUCAACCAUGUUUUCCAUAUUAUUGGCAAAUGACCUUGUGCUACGUUUUAUGAAAAGUUUUAAUAUUUUCAUCGUUGGAGUGAACUGCUGACUGACUAUAGCUGUAUUUAAUGGGGGAUGCGGGAUUUAAAACCGUUAAUAUAUUUUAUCAGAGAGAAACAGUGUUAUUUUGUAAAAUCACUCAAGUUGCUUGCUCUGUUUUCCACUCUGAUUCCAAUGUCAUAAUACAGAGCUUAAAGCAAAUGUAGAGGUAUGCUUUAUAAGUAUGUAUGUAUAUGAUGAAGACUGGGAAGUUGAACUGUGGAACCUACAAAAGAAGAUAAAGGCCACUUCAAUUGCAGCCUUUUCUUGGGAAAUGUAUGCAGACCUUUUUUAUGUGACAUACCUUCGUACCUUUGUGCAGAAAAGGGAUGCUCCAUGCAUGAAAUAGACUCUAUAACUAACGGAAGACACCAGAACGUCAGUGCGUUAUUGGUUUGUGCUUCAAUUCAACAGGAGACGUUUGGUCCCGAUUCCCAAUUUUCUGCACAAUGACAGCCUUUAUAAAUAGCUCCCAUCAGCCCAUCUUCAACAGUCAUCCAAUCCCUGUCAGCAAUUUGGAAGAAAAUAUCCUUGAUCGCCUGCUACGCCUCUGCCGCCAUUCAUAACUGGAGCAAAAAAUUCUUUUGUUGCCCUACACCUGAUUUUCUUGUCAUGGUAUCUUGCUAUGCAAUUUCCACAUCAGAAAAUGUGCCCCCCUAACAAAGCCUGUGUCAGGGUCGCCUGAGGUCACCUCUCAUUUAAACGUGUGUGUAUAGAGUAAAGAGAUUUAAUAAUUGAA